CGCCUUUGAGAUGAUACAAUUGGUCACUCAGUUGGUAUUACUGACUCACCAAAACAAACUAUUCCGCGUGAGACAGGUAGUGACACUCCUGGCAUAUUAACAACUCAUAAGGUUAAAGAAUGGGUGGAGGUAAAAAAGGAGGUGCAAGUGGCGCUAAAGGCGGAGGCAAGGGUAAUAAAGGAGGAGACAAGGGUGAAGCAAGUGGAGGGGCCACCGGUAAAGAGAAAAAGGGAGGAACGUCUGUCAAGGUUCGGCAUAUCUUAUGUGAAAAGCAGAGCAAGAGUUUAGAGGCUUUAGAGAAAAUCAAGUCUGGUAUGAAAUUUAAUGAAGUGGCUGCUCAGUACUCUGAGGAUAAAGCACGUAGUGGGGGGGAUCUUGGUUGGAUGACUCGUGGUUCGAUGGUUGGCCCAUUUCAGGAUGCUGCAUUUGCUUUGCCAAUAUCAACUCUUGCCAAUCCUGUGUAUACUGACCCACCUGUGAAAACUAAGCAUGGCUACCAUAUAAUUAUGGUUGAGGGCAAGAAAUGAUUAAUUAUUAUUUUAGAUUUCAAGUUACAGGUAAACCUCGAGAUAUGAUGGAGUUAGGUUCCUGAAAAACCCAUCUCUAGGCAAAUUACCGUAGAUAGGGAGCAUUAAAACAUAGGGUUCAAUGCGAUACAAUCCCAGCCAGUACUCAAACACAUAUAUCAUUGACAAAAAAAAUUCCUACAAUACUACUACAGUAUCAGUAAAAACAAUUACCUACACAUAACUCACCACAUCCUGAAGAAUAAGCCUGGUCAUCACCACAUGUCCCCUUUAAGGCUAAGGGGACUCUUGUAGGUGGAGUGGAUAUGUCACUCUGACUACCACACUUGGAAAACAUCCUGCUAAUACUGUAUCCAAGAAAUCCUGUCUUUCCAUCAGUUUAGACGUGAAAAUUCAAGAAAUGUGGACUCUGAGAGAGCGAGCACCUGGGAAGGCAGAGGAGAGUGACCUUGGCAGUGAAAUCACAGAGGAAAGAAAUUUGCCUUUAGACAUACUGUACUGUGUUAAAACUAAGUCCGUAAGUCUUUUUGUUUUAUUAUUUAAGUUGUGCUUUUUAAAGAAACUUAGAGAAAAAAAUUAAGUAGCGUGGCAAUCGGGUGGCCACUCGCGAAUGACUCCACGGCUUCAGUCAGCUGGGAGGACUUCCACCACUACUUAGGAUGUUCAUCGUUUAGUGAUACUGUAUGUCUGUAUAUUUUUUUAAUUAUUAUUACUGUAGUUUAAUAAAGGUUUAUUCAAA